CCGGAAGUUUAAGUGUGCCAAAAUAUGAAGACAAAUACUGUUCUAGUAGUUAUAUUUUUGACCGUUUUGUGUAAUAAUGGGGGAAUAUAUGCCGUUAUUCCUAUUGGAGAAUUAGGCUGUAGUUUUGAAACGGACUUUUGUAAAUGGAAUAUAGUAUCUUCAACACAUUGGGCACGAUAUCGAUAUAGACAUCCACUAAGUGGAAGCACCGGACCACAAAAUGCAAAAGAUGGAGCUUUUUAUAUACACACAACUGAAACCAAUGAUACUGACAAUGAAAAAAUAGCUAGUUUAGAAAGUGAUACAUUUAACAAAGCUACUUCAAGUGGUAAAAUAUGCUUUACAUUCUGGUAUCAUAUGCAUGGUAUACAUGUACAGAAUCUUACUGUUACUGUUGGAGGUAGAAUAGAAUUUAAUACGUCUGGCAACCAAGGCCAAGAAUGGCACUGUGGUGUAAUAGAUGCAACAGGACUGUCAGGAAAGAUCAAGUUCAAUGCGCACAGGACGGAUUCCAAUUCGCCGUAUUCCAUAAUAGCUCUCGACUAUUUUCAGGUUGUAAAUAGUGAUACAUGUAGUCAACAAAACUGUGAAAGCUUAGAGGCCUCAAGUAGUAUAAUACCUGGAACAACCAGUCUUGCAUCAAUAACAUCUUCAACAACAGAAAAGGUCUCAACUCAGAUAACUCCUUCAGGAGGUGUCAUAGAAAUAUUGCCUAUAGCGAUUGGUGUUCCUUGUGGUGUAUUAAUUGUGGGAGCUAUAAUAGUAGGUGUCUGCAUACAUAAAAGAAAAAAAUCAAGGGAGCUUAUAGACAUGAGAAGGACAAUUGGUUCUAUUAAUCCGUAUGACACUACACCAAGACAGUCGGCAGGUGUAAUUUCAGGUAUUUACGACGAUGAAGAAAUAUAUAAUGAGCUGAACGAAGACGAAAUGGAAGGCACUGAUAAUGGUGGUUACUUAGACGCAGUUCCGCCAAGCUAUGAUGAAAUAGGAAAUGUCGAAGUACGACAAAACGGAAAUGUUGGAUACAUCAACCAUAAAUCAGAAAGACCACCAAGUGAGGACUAUUUAACACCUAUAUCAGCCCAAAAUAAUCAACCAAAUAGACCAGACAAUGACUAUUCACAUUCAGGAUCUGUCCCGAAUGGACGACCACAAAGUGACGAUUACCUUAAACCGGGAGAGUUCCUAAAAGAUGAUGUUAAUCUGUAAACAUAAACGUAGAAUUAUUAUCCUUAUUUAUGUUUGAAAUUUUUAUUUAGAAAUUAAAUGUGUAUCUGGUGGUUUAUUUUUCAAAUAGAUUUCAUUUUUUCGUUUCAUCAGUUUAUGUGAAGCUUUUCUUUCUGACCAUUUGAUAUUCGUAGGAUAAUGAUGAUGUUUUGCGGAUUCACUUCAUUUUCAAAUUCGUAGUUUUCACUUUUGUACACAACUGCUAUUUGCUUUAUUAGUCAAAGAAUUUUAUCAUCCCGUGUUUUCCAGUUCUUACACACCAGAAUUUUGCUUUCAAAACCUUCCUACAACCAUCCUACCAUCACCCGAAAUCAAAUGGUCGUCCACUCAUUUGUAAGGGGGAAGUAUUAACUCAAAUAUUGUGGCAAAAUACACGCUGAUCUUACUUCUUUAGACCCAGCUACACAAAGUGUGUUGUGAAAACAUGUUUAUUGAUAUACUCAUCAUUGAUACCAGGGCUAUAACAGAUUACUAGUAUAUAGUGUUUUUGAUUUUCAAGUUCUUUGUAUACGAACAUUUUUGAUGAAACAGAUGUACC